AUGAAGUUAGGAGAGGUUCAAUAACGAGGAUAACCCUCAUUAGUCAAACGUGAGAUAGAACCGUGGUCUAGGAUUCCUACCGGCCCAAAUCCUGUCCUUGUUUGCUUCGCCAGCAUUCGUGCUCUUUGGUAAUCGCAGUCAGUGACCAGUGGUGGCAGCGAAAUAGUCUUGCACAGGGUGAAAUACAUGCUUAGAUUGGUGUUCUCUCACAAAGUGAAGUUGAUGCCAACAUUGGUGUAGCUGGUCUUUCCGCAACUUGUGGUCAGGAACCUCCACAACUUUACGGUUAGAAUUCUGAAUUUAUCAUGCUGAAGAUUGCCAUCAUCGGCUUUGGCAACUUGGGACAAUCCCUUGCCAAGACCUUUGCUGACCUAGGCCACAUGGUCCUUGCACAUUCUAGAUGUGACCACUCCAAAAUGGCCCAAGACCUCGGCAUUUCAUAUUUCUCUGACCCGCAGGACCUCUGUGAACAGAAUCCGCAGGUCAUUUUGCUAUGCACCUCCAUAAUCUCCACAGAAUCCGUCCUCAGAUCUUUACCUCUCCUGCGCCUUAAGCAUGACACAUUGUUUGUUGACAUGAUUCCUGUCAAAGAGUUUUCAAAAGCAUUGUUACUCAAGUUGUUGCCUAGCUAUUUAGAUGUUCUUUGCACCAACCCAAUGUUCGGAGUUGAGAGAGGCAAACAUGAGUGGAAUGGCAUGUUUUUUGUGUACGAAAAGGUUCGAAUUGGCUCUGACGGAGUGGGGAUUUCUUUCUGUGAUAACUUCUUAAACAUGUUUGAGAAAGAAGGGUGUAGAAUGGUGGAAGUAAGCUGUUCUGAGCAGGAUAAGUAUGUCGCAGGUUCGCAGUUUAUUACCCACACAGUUGGGAGAGUCUUGGGGAUGUUGACAUUGGAAUCGACUCCAAUAAAUACAAAAGGUUAUGAGACAUUGUUGGAUUUGGCGGACAACACAGCUAGGGAUAGUUUUGAUUUAUAUUAUGAGUUGUUCAUGUACAACAAAAAUGCAUUUGAGAUGUUUGAGAGGUUGGACUUGGCUUUUGACACUUUGAAGAAACAGCUUUUUGGUUAUUUGCAUGAUGUUGUGGGAAAGCAAGUAUUUGAUAAUGCAGAGAAGGUACAAAUGGGGCACGAGGAGUACAAGGUGUCUAACCCAUCCCACAAUGGAGCUUCCUCGGAAUCUUCUUCAAAAGAUAUGAGGUCGCAUAAGAUUGCUCAGGUAUCUAACCGUAAAGCACAGAUAUCUGACCACUUUGAUGACAACUCAAGGCUCAAGAUUGCAAUUGUUGGUUUUGGGAACUUUGGUCAGUUUCUUGCUAAAACUAUUAUACGUCAAGGUCAUAUAGUUCUAGCCUAUUCUCGAUCAGACUACUAUGAUGUGGCUCAAAAGUUGGGGGUAAUUUACUUCUCUGAUGUCGAGGAACUUUGCAAAGAGCAUCCAGAAGUGAUACUUUUUUGUACCUCUAUUCUUUCAACUGAGAAAGUUGUCAGGUCAUUUCCAGUUCAGAGGUUGAUGAGGAAUACUUUGUUUGUUGAUGUUCUUUCAGUUAAAGAAUUUCCAAAAAACUUGUUUCUUCAAAAGUUGCCAUUGAAUUUUGAUAUUCUCUGUACGCAUCCUAUGUUUGGACCAGAGAGUGGUAAAAAUGGGUGGGAGGCUCUUCCUUUUGUUUAUGAUAAGGUCAGGGUGGGAAGUGACGAAUCAAGGGUAUCACUCUGUGACCGAUUUCUUGAUAUCUUUGCUCUUGAAGGGUGUCGAAUGGUUGAAAUGUCUUGUGCAGAGCAUGAUAGGCAUGCAGCAGGGUCACAAUUCCUUACGCACACAAUAGGAAGGGUUUUGGAAAAGCUGGGUUUGGAGUCGACACCUAUCUUUACAAAUGGUUACAAGACUUUAUUGAAUUUGGUGGAGAAUACAGUAGGAGAUAGUUUUGAUCUUUACUAUGGCUUGUUCAUGUAUAAUGUAAAUGCAAUGGACCAGCUAAAUAGAUUGGGCAUGGCUUUUGAUUCAUUAGAGGAGCAGUUUCUGGGGCGUUUGCAUGGUAUUCUCCAUAAGCAACAUUCUGAGAAUGCAAGCAAAACCUUGUUGCCAAAUCAUCCAAGAAUGCAGCUCCACUAAGAAGAUGCAAUGAAUGUAGGGACAAAAAAAAAAAGCUGAAAAGGAAAGAGGAUGAAUCCUUUAUUUUGCACAAGUUGAUAAAGACAGGGCAGUUAGAGAAGACAUGGUGGCAUUGAUGUGAAGGAGCAUAAAGCCUUUUCAUUAUGUAAUGGUAACAAAGCAUAGAUCUUAUCUAAUGUUUUGAUCAGUUCAAAUCGCUGGAGGUUUUGCUUAUCCAACUUGGGUCUUGCCAGCAAAUGUUGCGUUGUUUGUUAGCAGAUAAACAGAGUUUUCAGGGCAUGGAAGAGUGCAAGAAUUACUUCCCCAUCGUGUGAACAUCAACAUGAAUGAAGAUGUUUCGCCAUCAGCAUCAACUUUCUUUGUGCAUUGUACAAAGGUAACACUGAUGGGGCUCAGACAUCAUCAAGCUUAUUGCCCACAUCUCCUUAACUGAGUUUUAUUAAUGUUUGUUAAGAAGAAGGUCCAGAAUGGAUCAAAUUGUAUAUCUGAUGAUAUGUCUGUACUUUUAAUUCUGUUCAAAGAGAAAAGAGAUACAAAUUGUACAUCUGCUGACAUUAGCUUAUUUGGUAAUGUUACAAUGGCUAAUCACUAUGGGAUUUAUCUUAA